AUGUACAUCCAAGGGAGCCAUUUGGCCCUGCCCCCACCUUUGGCUCCAACCCUGGUUUGUGGUCGCACCCCCCUGGCACAGCUCCCCCGCCUCCUGGAGUCUACACCUCCUGACGUGCAGCAGCUUCAGGUGUGGCCAGUGAGGAUGAGCAGGGGGCAGGUGCUGCUGGCAGAUGUGUGGUCACCUGGUUGCAAAGAGCUGCCGGAGCGGGGGAGCCGAGGUGUGAUUCCAGGGAGUCUCUCGAGGAGUGAUGGUGAGAGCAUCUCACGGGGGCUGGGGAGUACCUGCAACAUUGCUCAAAGGGGCCGGGACGGGGCGGGGGCGGAGCCCGAGCCCGAGCCCCGCUGUCCAAUCAGCGCUGCCGACGCCCCAGCGAGCCCUCCAAUCAGCGAGCCGGGCGGGGAUUUAAAAUGGCGGCGGAAAGAGGAGCUCUUUGAAACUGUCCGAGCGAUCUCUGUGGAUGCGUGGCUUCUGCGGUCUGUUGUAGUGCGAAUGAGGAAGCUGUCUGUGCCAAGAAGGAAGAUGAGGAGGUGUGGGAGGAUGGAGCCAGCAGCCACUGAAGGCUGGGGGAGGCACAGUUCCAGGUCAGAGACGUUGCCUUCCAAGGAGAGGGACUUGUCCAUCCUGUUGGAAUUUGAGGCUUUAGGAAAGCCCCUCCAGCAUGGGAAGGUGCUUUUGGCUCCAGACAUGUUCCCAGUCCUCAGGAGCAGCUGGACCUGUGCCGUCCCCAGCAGGACAGGAAAACUCACUUACUUGUCCCAUCCUUGGCAGAAGCGUUGGUAUUUGAGCAGCCAAUGCCAAUGGGCUCCAGCCCCAUGAGUCUACACUGGAGGGUCGCUGCUCC